AUGAAAGUGUUGAAAAUCUUUCUUGUUAUUUUUUCUAUACUUGGUUGUUUUUCAUGGCCUAGUAUCCAGAGCGAUUUGGAGACGUACAUAGUUCAAGUUGAAUCUCCAAAAAGCCAAACUUCCGUUCAAUCAUCAAGAACGGCGUUGGAGACUUGGUAUAGUUCUUUCUUGCCAAAGACCAUAGCAACCGCUGGCUCAGAUGAAAAGCCGCGAUUGAUAUAUUCAUAUCACAAUGUGCUGAAAGGCUUUGCAGCAAGAUUAUCAGCAGAGCAAGUGAAAGAAAUGGAGAAGAGAAAGGGCUUUAUAGCCGCAAGGGCACAGACAAUAUUGCCUCUACACACUACACAUUCUCCAAAUUUUCUCGGAUUGCAACAGAACAUGGGGUUGUGGAGGGAUUCCAACUAUGGGAAAGGUGUGAUCAUCGGAGUUUUAGACACCGGGAUCGCACCUGACCAUCCUUCAUUUAGUGACAAAGGAAUGCCUCCCCCUCCUGCUAAAUGGAAGGGUGGAUGUGACUGGAACUUCUUUACAAAGUGUAACAACAAGCUCAUUGGUGCGAGGACUUUUCUAGAAAACAGUAAUUCGCCAUUAGAUGAUAAUGGACAUGGUACACACACUGCCAGCACAGCUGCUGGCGGUUUUGUGAAAGGUGCCAAUGUGUUUGGGAAUGCUAAUGGUACCGCGGUUGGUAUUGCCCCUCUUGCUCACCUGGCCAUUUAUAAGGUCUGUGAUUCGUCCGGUUGCUCUGACAGUGACAUUCUAGCUGGCAUAGAUACAGCUAUUGAUGAUGGGGUCGAUAUUCUAUCCCUUUCCCUUGGUGGACGUAGUACGCCAUUCUAUAAUGAUGUGGUUGCACUCGGUGCGUUUACUGCAACACAAAGAGGUAUUCUUGUAAGUUGCUCUGCCGGUAAUACUGGUCCACAUGAUAGCACCUUAUCAAACGAAGCUCCGUGGAUUCUGACAGUAGGUGCAAGCACUCUUGACAGGAAAGUCAAGGCCACUGUUAAGCUUGGAAACCAAAAAGUAUUCGAGGGUGAAUCAGCAUUUCAUCCAAAGGGCCACAAUCCAUCAUUUUUCCCAUUGUUUGAUCCUGCACUGAAUGCAGCUAACUUAGACAGCCGUUAUUGCGGAACCGGUACACUUAAUGACCCUAACAUUGAAGGCAAAAUAGUUUUGUGCAUGAAUGGUGGUGGUUAUUCCAGGAUUGGAAAAGGACAAGCUGUAAAAAAUGCUGGCGGUGUUGGCAUGAUUAUCUACAAUGGACCAAAUGGUGGUUUCACUAAGUUAGCCGAAGCUAACGUUCUUCCAGCUUUGUUUAUUACUUAUCAAGAUGGUAUGAAUAUUCUGGCCUACAUGAACUCAACAUCAGAACCAAUUGCGAGAAUGUCAUUCCAUGGAACAAUAAUCGGUGAUAAAGAUGCUCCGGUGGUUGCUUCAUUUUCUUCUCGCGGACCAAACUUAGCUAGUCCUGGAAUCUUAAAGCCUGAUAUUAUUGGCCCUGGAGUUAACAUUCUUGCUGCUUGGCCUACCUCUGUUGACUACAGCAAAUACACAAAAUCUACCUUCAAUAUUAUAUCGGGCACCUCCAUGUCUUGUCCUCACCUCAGCGGCGUAGCAGCAUUGCUGAGAAGCACACACCCGACUUGGUCCCCUGCAGCUAUCAAAUCAGCAAUCAUGACAACCGCUAACACAGUGAACCUCGCCAACAAUCCCAUCUUAGAUGAAAGGCUCCUUCCGGCUAACAUCUAUGCCAUUGGUGCGGGACAUGUCAAUCCAUCAAGAGCUAAUGAUCCAGGGCUAGUUUACGAUACAAAAUUUGAGGACUAUUUGCCUUACCUGUGUGGUUUGAAUUAUACAAAUGAACAGGUAAGAAACCUUCUACAACAUAGGGUGGAUUGCAAAACAGUGAAAAGUAUUUCUGAAGCACAACUUAAUUAUCCUUCAUUCUCCAUCAAACUUGGAACAAUUGCUCAAACAUAUACAAGAGCGGUGACUAACGUUGGGGCUGCAACUUCAUCUUACAGUGUGGAAAUAGGUCCAGUACCAGGAGUUUUGGUGAUUGUUACACCUUCUAUCCUGAACUUCUCAAAGUUGAACCAAAAGUUGGAAUACCAAGUUACCUUUUCAAUAAGAGCUAAUAGCUCAAACAGUGGCAUUGUUCAAGGAUUCUUGAAAUGGACUAAUAAUAAGCACUCUGUAAGAAGUCCAAUUGCAGUUGUGCUAGACACAGCAAGAUUGGAUUUCUAGCUUCUUUUUUUCUUCUUGUAGAUUUGAGGAUCUACUGAAAACGGCCUCUCUACCUUCACAAGGUGAGGUUGCGUAC